AUGUCACCCUCACAUCUGUUCCUAGUAUCCCCUGAGAAAUUUCCACUUUUGAUCAACGGGGUGUCCAGCCAGAACCUGUCACUGAGUGACACCCGGCGACUGAUCGAGAAGUCGGAAGGGAAGCUAAGCCUGCUGGUGCUGAGAGAUCGCGGGCAGUUCCUGGUGAACAUUCCGCCUGCUGUCAGUGACGGUGACAGCUCGCCAUUGGAGGACAUCUCGGACCUCACCUCGGAGCUCUCGCAGGCACCACCAUCCCACAUCCCGCCACCACCCCGGCACGCUCAGCGGAGCCCCGAGGCUAGCCAGACUGACUCUCCCGUGUAA